GAGGAUGUUUUCUCUGGUGUGCCUAGUUGUGUCGCUGCACUGCUUGUUAACUCUGUCAGUGUUGGAGGCCACAUCUCUAGCAAAAUUUCCAAAAGACAAAGCCGUCAGCAUUGACUCCGAACAAGCCAAUAACUUUCUGACCAAUUCACGUCCGAGGAGAGAAGCUGACCCCAACUGGCAUCGGAAAAAUCCAGAUUUUCAGUCAUACUAUCGUUACUACAGCAGCAUUGGACACAUCGAAGGGCUCUAUGAGAUAGACAGACUUAGGACGCUUUACCAGCAAAUGCGUCACUUGGAGCUCACCUAUGGCCCUGAGGCAUCCAAAUACCAGAACAGCCUUGGUCUUCAACUGAAGACAACUCCUCCUCCCACAACCACACAGCCUCCUCCCCCCACCUUGCCACCUGUGUCCAAGAUGGAUGUUAUGUACCUGUGCAAUGCAAAGGACCCCCAGUGCAAGCCACAUAUUGUGUACCUGCCUACCAGUGCUGUCCCUGUGCUUUGCGAUCCACGUUACCACCCAGACUGCAAACUCAGCACUGUCCAGGAGUCUCCUUCUUCACCUGUAACUGCCUCAGAGCCAGUGGCCUCCUCUCCUCCUCCCCCACAAAAAUCCACCCCACCACCACCACCCCCUCCUCCUCCAAUAAUUAGCAAAGGAUUGGAGUAUGACUGUGACCCCUAUUGGGAUCCCGACUGCCUGAUCGACCACCCGCCCAGACCAGUAAAGGUGAUCGAACCACCAGCAGUGCUCCCAACUAAUGGUGUAUUAGCUUUGAAUAAGAAGGAAGAAAAGGAAACAGGAAACAAGGUCAUCUUAAAUGCUCCAUUUCCAACCUAUGAUCCAUUUGAUUUCAAUCAAGAUCUUUAUGAUCCCUACCGCCAUGCUGCUCCAGCCCCUGAUCCAGAGUAAACGUAACAAUUUCAAGUUAAAUAAUUUCAGUCUAAAAAAGAUAAACAAUUUAUGUUCAAAACACAUAUACUUAUAAAAUUGACUUACAAUUUAUAAUUCAAAGAAAAUCUACGUUUAAAACAUGUGGACUUAUUUAUGAUAUGUGAUGUGUAGUUUAU